AUGGGUCUGGACGGGCCGCCAGAUUUGGGGCCACUGCGACCCAUCCUAGGUACAGUCAUCCACCACUUUAGCAAUGGGGUGCCAGCCCCCGUCACCACAUGCACGCACGGAAGGCCAUCCCGCUGGCCGCCGCCGCACAUGCACGCAUGGAAGCCCAUCCCGCUGGCUAGGGGCGCCGCCAUACCUGCUGCCCAUGGGCGCACCACAAGAUCCGCCCUUGCCACCUCAGGGGGAUCCCGCUACAGAUCCACCCGCCCUAGCAACUUGGGCACCGGGCCCACCACCACCAUGGACCUCGCUGACAGCAGGAGGAUGGCCGAGGGAGGGCUGGCGGCACUAGGGUUUGGGCCCCUCGCGUCGCUCAGGGGAGGCGAUGCGAGGGGGAAAACAAAUGACUUCGUGUACCACAAAGCAAUCCUGCGGCUGAGCAAGGCUAGGCAGCCACGCAUCAAGCCACUAACCCAUCGAUCGCUAACCCUCACCAUCGUACGACUGACGCCACAAGCCACUAACACUAACGCAUCAAGCCACGCACGACCUCUCCCCCAACUGACGCCACAACACGGCCGCAGGCCGCACGACCUCUCGCCGCGGGAUAGAGCCGCCGCGCCCCCCACCCCCCGCCGUUCGUCGUCUGGCCGCGGGAGGGAGCCGCCGCCCACUCGCCGUUCCUCCCUUCGCCGCGGAAGGGAGCCGCCGCCCACCCGCCGUUUCUCCCUUCGCCGCGGGAGGGAGCCGCCGCCCCCCGCCAUUCCUCCCUUCGCCGCGGGAGAGAGCCGCCCCCUGCUGUUCCUCCUCUCGCCGCAGGAGAGACCCGCCGCCCCCUGCCGUUCAUCCCUUCGCCGCGGGAGAGAGUCGCCGCGCCCUUCGCCGCGGGAGUUGAGCUUCAGCUUGACCUCCGCACUGCUGUUCCUCUUCUGCUCCCCGUUGGCCGCAAGUGGUAACAGAACAUCAAUUGAAGUGGAAAGAUGGGGCAGCGGCUGCGUGCCAGACUGUCUUGGGCUCCCGUCCCCUGUCGUAAUCAAAUCACAACCAUUGUUGGGAGAACAUACAUACGAUUGGGACAAAAAAGCAUGUGGUGCUGACAAAUGGAUGCCUCUCUCAGAAGGGAUCAGGUGGAGGCUCACCGGCUGUAGCGAUGGCACGCCACUAGCGUGAGCUGUGAAGCACGUGGAGGCGAGUGCCUCAUGGCCUGUUGAUACGGCGCAUAAUUGCAACCCUCCAAUCCAUGUAAGUUUGUGGAUUGUGUUCUCAGUUGUCUAAGUUGUUAUAGACGCGGAUAGUGUGCAAAAUUGUGGAAUGGAAAGACCGAUAUUCUGACAGUGUGUGAGAGAUUUAUACUGAUACUGAAUUGCUAGCUGCUUGCCGAUGGGAAGCUAUCAUUGA